CUCACACUUUUGCUCUCCUUGCAGUCAGUUGGUUUGCUGGCUUCUGCAGGCUUUUAAGGUCUCGAGGCGUAGACAUGCCUGCCCCCCACCCCCUUCCUCGGUCUCCCCUUUCAGUUCAGAUGUGCUGAUGUGCAGACCGGAUUCAUCUUCCCGGAGCGGCGGCAGCGGGCGCAGGCGGCGGCGGCUCGCGUUUGGCCGCUGGGUCCCGGCAGCAGUGUGGGCGCGGCGCUGGAGCCCCAGCUCCGGUGGCAGCUGAGCCCCUGGGGCGCCGCUCGCCCGGCCCCGGCCGUGGGGAGUUCGGCCGCCAGAAGGACGACCUGGCAGGGUGCGAGCGCCCGCUCCGCUAGAGGCGAGUUGGCCCGCAGCUGCCCUCCCCGCCUCCGGGAGCCGAGCUCCUUACCUGCCCUCCAACCACCCGCGGGCCCCUCUCCAACUUCUUUCUGCAACUGGGGGUAACAGGCAGCCCUCGCCCCCUGUACUGUCCCAACGGCACCCGCAUGUCUCCGGACACCUGAACACCCCGGUCCCGCCGAGCAGCCUCCCCGCGCGGAGAAGGGCACCGGUCCCCCUCGCCCGGCACAUCCGCGCGGACCGCGGCCGCCUCCCCUCGCGGCCCGGCCCCCUCCUUUUCCUCCAGGGCCGGAGGAUGGGGCUGGAAACGCUUUCCCCGAGGAUGCUCGCGUGCCUGGCGGCCUUGGGGAUUAUUGUCUACGGGGAACUGUGGGUCUGCGCUGGCCUCGAUUAUGAUUACACUCUUGAGGGAAACGAAGAGGAUAAAGCGGAGAUGAUAGAUUACAAGGACCCCUGUAAAGCGGCUGUGUUUUGGGGUGAUAUUGCCUUAGAUGAUGAAGAGUUAAAUAUCUUUCAAAUUGAUAGGACAAUCGACCUUACACAGAACCCCUUUGGAAAAGUUGGACAUACCACAGGUGGAUAUGGAGAUCACGGUAUGUCACAGAAACGAGGGGCCCUCUACCAGCUUAUAGACCGGAUAAGAAGGACUGGCUCUGGCUCGGAACAAAACAACACAGUUAAGGAAAAAGUACCUCUAAAAUUCUCAGGGCAAAAUGAGAAAAAUCGAGUUCCCAGAGCUGCUACGUCAAGAACUGACAGAAUAUGGCCUGGAGGCGUGAUUCCUUAUGUUAUAGGAGGCAACUUCACUGGCAGCCAGCGAGCCAUGUUCAAGCAGGCCAUGAGGCACUGGGAAAAGCACACAUGUGUGACUUUCAUUGAAAGAAGUGAUGAAGAGAGUUACAUCGUAUUCACGUACAGACCUUGUGGAUGCUGCUCCUAUGUAGGUCGGCGGGGUAAUGGACCUCAGGCAAUUUCCAUCGGCAAGAACUGUGAUAAAUUUGGAAUUGUUGUUCAUGAAUUGGGCCAUGUGAUAGGCUUUUGGCAUGAACACACGCGACCAGAUCGAGAUAACCACGUAACCAUCAUAAGAGAGAACAUCCAGCCAGGUCAAGAGUAUAAUUUUCUGAAGAUGGAGCCUGGAGAAGUGAACUCGCUGGGAGAAAGAUAUGACUUUGACAGUAUCAUGCACUAUGCCAGGAACACCUUCUCAAGGGGGAUGUUCCUGGACACUAUUCUCCCUUCUCGUGAUGACAAUGGCAUACGCCCUGCAAUCGGUCAGCGAACGCGUUUAAGCAAAGGAGAUAUUGCACAGGCAAGAAAGCUGUAUAGAUGUCCAGCGUGUGGAGAAACCCUACAAGAAUCCAACGGCAACCUUUCCUCUCCAGGAUUUCCAAACGGCUACCCUUCUUACACACACUGCAUCUGGAGAGUGUCUGUGACCCCCGGAGAGAAGAUUGUUUUAAACUUUACCACGAUGGACUUAUACAAAAGCAGUUUGUGCUGGUAUGACUACAUUGAAGUAAGAGAUGGGUAUUGGAGGAAGUCCGCGCUCCUGGGCAGAUUCUGUGGGGACAAACUGCCUGAAGUCCUCACCUCCACGGACAGCAGAAUGUGGAUCGAGUUCCGGAGCAGCAGUAAUUGGGUGGGAAAAGGCUUCGCGGCGCUCUAUGAAGCCAUCUGUGGAGGUGAGAUACGUAAAAACGAAGGGCAGAUUCAGUCUCCUAAUUAUCCCGAUGACUACAGACCGAUGAAAGAAUGUGUGUGGAAAAUAACAGUGACAGAAGCCUACUACGUCGGGUUGACCUUUCAGGCCUUUGAGAUCGAAAGACAUGACAACUGUGCCUAUGACUACCUAGAAGUUCGGGAUGGGACCAGUGAAAACAGCCCUUUGAUAGGGCGCUUCUGCGGUUACGAUAAACCUGAAGACAUCAAGUCUACCUCCAAUACUUUGUGGAUGAAGUUCGUUUCUGAUGGAACUGUGAACAAGGCAGGUUUUGCUGCCAAUUUUUUUAAAGAGGAGGACGAGUGUGCCAAACCUGACCGUGGAGGCUGCGAGCAGCGAUGUCUGAACACGCUGGGCAGUUACCAGUGUGCCUGCGAGCCUGGCUAUGAGCUGGGGCCGGACAAAAGGACCUGCGAAGCGGCUUGUGGCGGACUUCUCACCAAACUUAAUGGCACCAUAACCACUCCAGGCUGGCCCAAGGAGUACCCUCCCAACAAAAAUUGCAUGUGGCAAGUGAUUGCACCGACCCAGUACAGAAUUUCUGUGAAGUUUGAGUUCUUUGAAUUGGAGGGCAAUGAGGUUUGCAAAUACGAUUACGUGGAGAUUUGGAGCGGCCUCUCUUCGGAGUCGAAGUUGCACGGCAGGUUUUGUGGUGCCGAAGUGCCCGAGGUGAUCACGUCCCAGUUCAACAACAUGAGGAUCGAGUUCAAGUCUGACAACACUGUAUCCAAAAAGGGCUUCAAGGCACAUUUUUUCUCAGACAAAGACGAAUGCUCCAAGGAUAACGGAGGGUGUCAACAUGAAUGCGUCAACACAAUGGGAAGCUACGUGUGUCAGUGCCGUAAUGGAUUUGUGCUGCAUGAAAACAAACACGACUGCAAGGAAGCUGAGUGUGAACAGAAGAUCCACAGUCCGAAUGGCUUCAUCACCAGUCCCAACUGGCCAGACAAGUACCCCAGCAGGAAGGAGUGCACCUGGGAGAUCAGUGCUACUCCAGGCCAUCGAGUCAAAUUAGCCUUCAGUGAGUUUGAGAUUGAGCAGCAUCAGGAAUGUGCUUAUGAUCACUUGGAAGUAUUUGACGGAGAAACAGAAAAAUCGCCAAUUCUUGGACGACUAUGUGGCAACAAGAUCCCAGAGCCCCUAGUGGCUACUGGGAAUAAAAUGUUUGUUCGGUUUGUUUCUGAUGCCUCUGUUCAAAGAAAAGGCUUUCAAGCUACACAUUCCACAGAGUGCGGUGGCCGGCUGAAGGCCGAACCCAAGCCCAGAGACCUGUACUCCCACGCUCAGUUUGGGGAUAAUAACUACCCAGCACAGGUCGACUGUGAGUGGCUGCUGGUGUCAGAACGGGGCUCACGACUGGAGUUGUCCUUCCCGAUUUUUGAAGUAGAAGAGGAGGCUGACUGUGGCUAUGACUACGUCGAGCUCUUCGGUGGUCCGGAUUCAACAGCCGGGGGGCUUGGUCGCUUCUGUGGAUCGGGGCCACCAGAAGAGAUCUAUUCAACUGGGGAUGCAGUUUUAAUUCAUUUCCACACUGAUGACACAAUCAACAAGAAAGGAUUUCAUAUAAGAUACAAAAGCAUUAGAUACCCAGACACCACGCACACCCAAUAACGACUAAUACCAAAACCUCCUCCAGAAAAUAAAGGAAUGUGCGUAAUGGAGAGCAGACAUAUUUUUUAUUAAAUGAAGAUAUUAGCACAAAUGUUUUAUAUAAUGAAUGAUAACAGAAGAAAACUGUAUGACCAGAAUUCUCUCUGUACUGAAAGAGAAGUUUCCAGCAGCUAACCCCGAUCUGCAUUACCAGGAUAUUUGAACUCCAUGCUUGACGGUAUAAAUAAAGCUGGUGAGAGGGCAUCACGUGUUUUGAGGAAGAUUCCACAAGCUUCUGUUCACGGCUUGACACAGAUGCCUCCCAAUUCAGACAGUCAGGGUCAGUGUCUGUGACCCUGCCGAGUGUUCCUUUUGACAAUUUUACAAGAUGUGGGGGAAAGAAAAUGAUCUUGCAGGUCAUAAACUGGAAAACCCUCUCCUUGUUUCUUAGGAUAAUUGCUUUGGCUUUGUGUCUCGGACACAGUGUAAACCAGAUCCGUGGAAGGUGUUGUGAAACAGGAGUCUUAGAGGGUGAUUUGUGCUUUAAAUGUAGGUGGGUCCAAUGUUUGGAAACUGGAAUAUUUCAGCUUCAUUAUUUUCACUUGCAGGCCAGAUUAACCUCUUUGAAACACAAAUGAUCUUGAAACCACUUUAUUUUACUGAUAUUUUGACAAGUUUGAAAUGUCAAAAGUUUCUGUUAUUGCAGUUAAACUGUAGACAUCGUGUAUUUAAUGCUGGAAAGUGCCCAGCUGAUCAAUAAACUCGGUUAUUUCAGUGGAAAUGCUGCCUUUUCACACCAAAUCCAAGAAGCCUUGUGAUGUCUUACGAACUUCAUGAGAAAACUCCAAACAGGUGUGAACAGGAUUCUUCUAAGUGACUGCCAGAUGGUUCAUCCUCGAGUUACCACUGCUGCUAUUGUCCUUCUUCUGUUGUUGAUCUGUUCUAGUUGUUAUCGUUGAUGUUGUUACGAUUAAUGUUGUAUUUUAAAAAGUAAAGUGAAAGUAGACCUUGUAAGAAUUGAAAGAUCUUUCUUUUUGUUCUUCCUGGGAUUCACUUCUUAAGAAUGCAAUGUUGGAAAAAAGAAUUUGUUUCUGAAGGACUUUCUAUGGUGCUAUUCUGUAAACAUUUUUUAAACAAAGUUUUUGACCGUCCAGCCAACCAUCUGUAUACUACAAUUAUCUCCUUGUGUCUGGCUGGUGGCAUCUGAAGACUAAAGACUUGUUAAAAUGUAUCAAGAGUGUGUCAUUGCAAGGGUGGCACUUGUCCUGUGGAACAACUUCUUCUAAUGCCUUAGAAUUCUUGCACACGAUCAGACAUCCUUGUAGAAACACAUCUUUUGAAAUAUUGAACAUAAUAGUAUAUGUUAAUUAGCAUCUUUAUGAAGACAGCCUGUUUUGGGGACAGAAUGUUGGUUAUAAAUAUGUUGACAUGCUUUUGUUGUAGAAAAUGAUGUUCUGCUUUAAAGCCAUGUGUGUUUUUAGUAUUUAUGUAUAUGUGAGCUUGUCUGAGUGAGCGAAGCUAUAAGAAGGUGAAACGUACUGAGUGGACGGUUUGAAAAGUUAAAAUUUAUGUGCCAAGUUCUAUGAGAAUCCUGUUUGAAGGAGCACCUUUCUGAGGAGGCUUCAUGGACAAAAAUGGGAACUUCUAAUUAUUAUCAACCCAUUACAAAAACUGGCUCUUUCCUUCAGAGAAACUCUAUUUUGAUAUUUUUUGAUGUUGAUGUAGAUUGCUCUACGAAGUAGCUGUAUUUCCGUCAGCUGUCCAUGAACACUCAAUAUUAAUAAAGGUGGGGUGUUUUUCUUCAUUUUUACAAAACUAAACUCUACACACAGAUGUAGUUUAUUUGUUUUUCUGUUGUUGCCCUAAAGAAUCUUUUCUUGCAUACAAAUUAUAAUAUGUAAAUACAGUUUUAGAACCAAUCUUUGGAUCUUAUUGAAUGGUAUUUCAGAAAUAUAUAGCUGUUGCCUGCAAAAUAAUGAGUUUUUAGUGGAGCUGAUUUAUUCCAGUAACUUCUAUAUUUCUCACUAAUCUCCAAUUAGCCAAAAUUUAUCAGGAAUGGGAAAGAGAAAAGAAAAAACAUUAACAGCCUGGUACUGGGCACACACACUAGCUCUUUGUACCAGGUAUGUUACCCUUUGAAAACUGUGCUGAUGUUCUCAUUUUGUGGUUCGGAAACUGAAGCUCUCAGAAGGUGUGUGACAUCCGCAAGUCAUAGUGUAAAGUUACAUGCUGAAACCCACCGUGUCCAAUAUAAAAAUCUGUGCUUGUCCUACAAAAUGUAGUAGAAUCAAUCUUGACAGACAUAAAUAGUAGAUUUUUUUAUGAUGAAACUUUUCCACAUUGAGUAAAUUUUAGGGAUGAACUACAGUGAAACCUUCAGGAUAAACCUAUUGUCCCUUUCAGAAACAGCAUGACAAUUUGAAUAUCAGCUGUAGAUAGCUUUAAGGACCACAGUUAGUGCUAGAAAUUUAAAAGAAAGAAACCUGUAGUUCAGCUUAACGAUGACCCACAAACUUCGGACCAACUGAAACCUGUAGUUCAAAGGUAGUAACCACGGACCUUUUGUUAAAAUAAACACAUUAAAUUAUUUUGUCUGCUGUGGUAGGGGAGAUGUAGUGUUCUACUUUAAGAAAUAUUGUGGACAUUCCAGUUGAUAGUAGGCUACAAAGUGCUGCUUCCACAACCGAAACACUGAAGUAAAAAGGUAUUUAGAAAGCAUAUAGAGAGGUUGUCACAACUUAGGUCUUCGAUGUGGACAUGAAUUUCUAUUGUAUCUUCUGUCAUUUCAGUUCACUGCAUAUUUUUAUAUUAACUCAACUUUGAUUUCAAUGUGUUGUUAAAUGCAAAUACAGACAGCUUCAUUGUUUUGUUGAUAAUUGUUACUGUUCUAGACAUUUUAUUAAAUUAAUUGUGUAAAUUAUUUUCAACCCUUGUAUCAGUAUAUUGGUUGUUCUCUGUUUGCCACAGUUCUUUCUCCUGUGCAUUCUGUACACAGAAAAAAAAACUGCUCCCGUGUCAUAUGAUUUUAUUAAGUUAUUUUAAAGUCAUUAAUCGAGUUUAUUAUCAUGCCUUAAUGUACCUGAAUAAAACAACAUUUUUUAAGAAAUGAAUGAAAAGUGGACGUUAUAUUUUCAAAGUCACCAAAAUGUUCCCUGCCUAUUUUAGCUAGAUUUUUGCUCUCUAAGACUAAUGUAUCACAGUAUCAGAUUCAAAUUCUUUCCAGUUUUGUUUUUAAAUAUCUUAGUCUCUUUUGUU